AUGUGGGUUUUUGGUGAUUUUACAUUCCUAUCAUCUGUAACGUAUUCAUCUAUUAGUGCAUUUGUUUCUGUUUAUGCAAAAGACAAUCAAGAAGGUCUUGUUCAAGGUAUGGUUAAUGGUGUACAUGGUUUAUGUAAUGGUCUUGGUCCAGCUUUGUUUGGAUUUACAUUUUAUUUAUUUAAUAGUAUUAAUGUCAAACCAAUAUAUUCAUCAAUGUUAAGUCGUAAUAUUCCUGGUCCACCAUCUCUUUUUGGUGCUCUUCUUGCUACAAUUGGAUUAAUGUUUUCACUUUUAUUACCGAAUUCAAAAUCUGAAUUAAAUGGAACGGGAAAUGAAUCGAGAAAUAUUGAACAAAAUGCACGUUUAUUACGUGUCAAUCAUGAAUCAGAUGACAAUAAUAUUCAAUCGGAUUAA